AUGGCUACAAAGGUACAACCGACUAACGCCCAGUUCAAGAACAAGGAGAAGCCACAGGAGGUGCGUCGUGCGAACAUCCUCGCUGCUCGAGCCGUUGCCGAUGCCAUCAGAACGUCUCUUGGUCCAAAGGGUAUGGACAAGAUGAUCAAGACUGGUAAGGGAGAGGUGUUGAUCUCAAACGAUGGUCACACGAUCUUGAAGCACAUGGCGGUGCUUCAUCCUGCUGCGAAGAUGCUGGUGGAUGUGUCUGGUGCUCAGGACGUUGAGGCCGGUGAUGGUACCACCAGUGUUGUCAUCAUCACUGGUGCGCUGUUGGGUGCUGCUGAUAAGUUGUUGAACAAAGGUAUCCAUCCAACGCAGAUUGCUGAAUCUUUCCAGCGUGCUGCGCAGAGAUCCGUGGAGAUCCUGUUGGACAUGUCCACCAAGAUCGACCUUGGAGACCGCGAUGCUCUGAUCAGAGCUGCUUCAACCUCGUUGAGCUCCAAGAUUGUUGGCCAGCAUUCACACCUGCUGGCCCCAUUGGCUGUUGACUCUGUCCUGAGGGUUGUCGAGAAGGAUGCGAACAACGUUGACCUGAACGAUAUUAGACUCAUCAAGAAGGUGGGUGGUACGAUCGACGACACCGAGCUCGUUCCUGGCGUGGUGUUGACGCAAACCGUUGUGAAGUCCGCAGGUGGACCAACUCGUGUCGAAAAGGCACGUAUUGGCCUUGUUCAGUUCCAGUUAUCCCCUCCAAAGCCUGAUAUGGAGAACAACGUUGUUGUCAACGACUACAGACAGAUGGACAAGAUCUUGAAGGAGGAGAGAGCUUACAUCUUGAACAUGUGUAAGAAGAUCAAGAAGGCUAAAUGUAACGUGUUGUUGAUACAGAAGUCGAUCUUGAGAGAUGCUGUGAACGACCUGGCUCUCCAUUUCUUGUCAAGAUUGGGUAUCAUGGUCAUUAAGGACAUUGAGCGUGAAGAGAUUGAAUUCUUGUCCAAGUCCUUGUCGUGUAAGCCAAUCUCCGAUAUUGAACUCUUCACAGAAGACAGAUUGGGAUCUGCAGAUGUUAUUGAGGAGAUUGAGAGCUCAGGCUCAAAGAUUGUCAAGAUCACAGGUGUCAAGAACGUGACCCACCCUACCGUUAGUGUUGUAUGCCGUGGUGCCAACGAUAUGGUUUUGGACGAAACUGAACGUUCAUUGCACGAUGCCCUGUGUGUAAUCCGUUGUCUUGUUAAGGAGAAGGCGUUGAUUGCCGGUGGUGGUGCUCCAGAGAUUGAGGUUUCACGUCAACUGAUGAAGGAAUCCAUCGCUCUUAGUGGUACGGAAUCCUUCAUCUGGAGAGAAUUCGCCGAUGCAUUGGAGGUGAUCCCAACAACUUUGGCCGAGAAUGCUGGGUUGAAUGCCAUCAACGUUGUCACUGACCUUAGAAGCAAACACGAGAAUGGUGAACGUAAUGCUGGUAUCUCUGCUCGUCGUUCCGGUGCAACGAAUACAUAUGAAGAGCAUGUCUUACAGCCUGUACUGGUGAGUACAAGUGCCAUUACACUGGCUGCUGAAACCGUCAAGUCGAUCUUGAGAAUCGACGACAUUGUGAUUAGUAGAUGA